AUUAAAAAAUGCUUUCUCUUGUGCCUUGCUCAAUCAUUAACAGCCUGUUUUUAAAUUCUGCUUUUUCUAAUUUUUGCGGUAAAGCGCCGCUAAUUCGUUCUGUUUCUAAUUACGCUCUUCAACACCAGUACAAUAUGCAUGUUGCAUACUUUCGUCAACUACCCAAUGAAGAACAAUGUGCGAUAACUUUCCACCUAGCUAGCGAGCGGUAUAAAAUCAACCGGGUCUUUAACUUUUUUCGAGAUGUAACCGAGAAUAUAGAUGCCAGUACCGAACGGAUUAAGGCGAACAUCGAAAAAGAAACAAAAAAAAGAAUGAACAAGAAAAAGAAGGCUAAAUCUGGAACACCGUCGGAGCAGCUUGGAACGACGGAAUUAGCACUAGUGAAUGAUGUACUCCCUGAAGUUGGCGUACGUUUUUUCGAUUGUGAUAAGGAGCAAGAUAUUAAGGGGAUUGCAUUCUCGGAACUGCUUAAACGUGUACACGAGGAAAAAAACAUUCUGCUUAAAAUAUUGGAUGACGAUUUUCGGAUAGAUUUUAACUCGCCAGCUGUACAAACAAUUAACUUACCACAAUCCAUGCUAGCAGGAUUUUACGUUUAUCCGUCUAAAUUGGAAUUGGUAUUUGCCGAAAAAGAACAAUCUGACUUUCACUGGUUUCGGGGGAAAAUGCCUAAGUCAAAAAAUGCUCAGCUAAUAGAGUGGGAGCAAAUAGGAACUGGCUUUUCUUAUAUGCCCACAUCCGAUGAUGUUGGCCAUCAUCUAAAAUUUUUGUGCGUUCCUAAAAAUUCGCAGAAGUCUGGACCAUCAUCGGAGAUUACAUCUGUUAGCGAGGUCCAGGCUGGCCCUGGUCAAUGUCCAUUUGAUGUUCGGCAUUUGUUCACGCAGUCCAAAUUGGUAAAUGGACACCAGUUUCGGAUAGUGUCGUACAAUAUUUUAGCUGACCUGUAUGCUGAUAGCGAUUAUAGCCGAACGGAACUCUUCGGCUAUUGUCCCAGUUAUGCUUUGCACAUUGAUUAUCGGAAACAACUAUUCAUCAAAGAACUGAUUGGUUAUCAUGCGGAUAUCAUUUGCCUGCAAGAAGUGGACAGUAAGAUUUUCGACUUAGAUUUACUUCCAGUGCUGAGACUUAAAUCCUACGACGGGCACUUCAAGGCGAAAGGCAAAACAGCUGAGGGUUUAGCUACGUUUUUUGAUGUUGAUAGAUUUGAAGUUUUAGAUCAACAAGGGAUCACUAUAGGAGAAAAUUUGGAAACUUUAGAAGCUUUUCAGUGUCUGUGGAGUCAGGUUAAGUCACACGAGAAGUUGGCCAGCAGAAUUAGCGAACGUUCGACAGCUAUUCAAGUUACAUUACUUAGGUCCCGUCAAAAUCCUAUGAAGCAUCUCUUAGUGGCGAACACACACUUUUAUUUCCAUCCCGAUGCAGACCACAUACGUUUGCUGCAAGGAGGGUUUUCAAUGCUUUACGUUCGAAGUUUAUAUGAACAGUUUGAGGAAAAAUUGAAGCUAGAAAGAGAUCAUUUUGCCAUUAUAUUUUGUGGUGACUUCAACAGUACACCCGAGUGCGGAAUGUACCGGUUAAUGACAGAACGUUUCGUUGGUGAUGAAAUGGCUGACUGGCAAAGUAACGAGGAGGAAGCUAUUCGUGGAGUGACGCUUUCACAACCGUUCCAAUUUCAAUCGGCCUGUGGAUGUCCAAAGUAUACAAACUUUACCGUAGGCUUUCAGGCGUGUAUUGAUUACAUCUAUUACCAAUCCGAUGCAUUGCAUGUGAACGAUGUUGUCCCUUUACCAAGCGAAGAAGAACUUCUUGCCUACAGUGCAAUCCCGUCACCUGUGUUCCCAUCUGAUCAUAUCGCCUUGGUAGCUAACCUUGAAUGGACUCACAAAUUGGACGAAGACCAACAAGGCUGAUUCUGAGCAAUCAAUAUUGUAUUUUUUUCUAUGAAUUAAGCAAAGUUAAAUACAGUUUUACAUAAAGUCUAAAUAUUU